CACAAUUCCAACUAGCUUGCACUGCUCGUGACCUUCCCUCUAUCCCUCUCCUCACAACAUCAUGACGGCGGCACAGCCCUCGCCGUAUGUCGCAUUCGAGGACAUUCUCAAGCGCUACCACGCCGCUGCGGGACCAUCUCAGCUCGACGGGCCCCUUGAUGCCGAGGCCGUUUUGGACGAUGAGAGCGGGUUGCUCGUACAGCUCCAGCGCAGUCUGGAGAAUUAUAUGCGCGCGAACGGCGCAUCGGCGGCUGGGCCCGGCACUCUUGGUGCGGAUGAGUUCCAGUGGCUCCUCCUCGAGCACCGGACAUGGGGCCUCAUCCGCGCUGUCUACAACAACCGUCUGUCCCCACCACCAUCCACAUCUGCUGCCUCCGUCCUGGCUGAAGAUCCAUACAUAACGCCAAUGGACUUGACGCAGCAUAUCAUAGACGACGAUGCGGACCUUUCUCUAUGGGCGAUGUUGAUCGACCACCUCCAAACACGCCCCCUCUUCUCCGCGCCCCCACCACUCGAAGCGCGCCACGGAUAUCUACCGACUACUGUGCGGAAGACCAAGACCGCUAAGCUCACCGGCUCCAGCAAUGGGUCGCUCGACCCAGACUUUUCGCUCCGCGGAAGCGGCACGGUCGCAGGCGAGGACGCAACAUAUCAGACCCCACUGCUGGAAACCCUGUUCGACCUGGUGCGGCAUGGGGAGCUGGAUCACGCUGUGCGUGUGUGUGAAGAGGGCGGUGAACCAUGGCGCGCUGCGUCGAUCAUGGGCGGAAGGCGCUGGGACAUGGGCGGGUUGACAAUCGAGCGCCCCGAGUUGUCACCGAUGACAGGCAACCGCGCCCGCGCGCUAUGGAAACAGUCAUGUCGUGCCAUCGCGAAGAAUGCGACUCUCAGCUCUGCAGAGCGAGCAUUGUACGCGGCUCUCGUUUCCGACCUGCCAUCUCUCCUCCCUGCCUGCGCAGGAUGGGAAGACCAGUUGUGGGCACACGUUGCAGCCCGCCUCGAAGGGCGCAUUGACGAGCGGAGGAAAGAGCUGGGCGGGUUCUGGGAGUCUGAAGACCCGACGAUCGAUGAUGAGCGGGCGGCCCACGGUGGCCUCGCAGAGGUCUUCGCGUCCAUCGGCUCCCAGUCUGGUCCCAUCGCCGAGGCCAGCCGCAACCCCCUUUACGUGACGCAGAAGCAAGUGCUCCUCGGCCAGUCCGCAGAGCACCUGGACGCCUUUGCCGACCGCCUUCCCUCCUUACCGCAGAGCGUACCGGACGCGCUCAUUGGCCCCCUCCUCCGCUUUUUCGCGCACUUCGUACUUGUCCUCCGCACGCUGGGUCAGGAGGUACCCGAAUCCGCCGCCAACGCCAUCCUGGAGGCGUAUCUCCGCGUGCUUGAGCGCGAUGACCUUUCCGCCCUCGUGGCGCCUUACGCGGCAUGUCUCCGCGAAGGCAACGGCGAGGAAAGUUACGCCCGUUUCCUCCGCUCCAUGCCAUCCUCAGCGUCUCUGGAUGAGAAGCGCACUGCUCUCCUCCGCGCCCGCGACUACGGACUGGACGUCGCCACGAUCGCAACGUACACCGUGCGCAUGGUGUUACAUGCUGCGUUCGAGGCCGCGCCCUCGCUCGCGCCCGGACAGCCGGAUAUCACGGACAUGCGCGUGAGCAUCAGCGCUGACGACGAGGCGCUUAUUCGCGCCCUCGAAUGGCUCACCAUCAUACCUGAGACUCUGCCUGAGGCGCUGGCGCGCGCGAACGAAGUUGCGCGCUACUUCCUCGCCACUGGACAGGCUCAUGCAGCCGGCGCCCUCCUCCACUCGCUCCCCGACGAGGUCGGAGUUGGCGAGCCUAACGAUGAGAUGGAAUUCGCCGAUUACGCUCGACUCUUCGCCGUGUUUGACGCGCACGACGCCGCUCAUGAGGUCGCAGCGCAGAAGCCCAAAGAGACAGCGUCUAAGAUCGAGCAGCACGCGUGGGCUAAGCGCCUGCUCGCGAGUAUCCAACACGUCGCGGAUCUCACGCGCGAUCUGCUCACGUCGCACUGGCUGGCAUUCACCGUCAUGGACACGGGCAAGCGGGGUAGCGCGAGGCGCCGCGAGCUUCGCCGCAUCCGACAGAUCUUUGUUGCGGACCUCGUCAUGCGCCUUCAUGUGCUGCUGAUGGAGCAUCACCGACGCUUCCCUCAACUCCUUCAGGACGCGCUUGACCUCACCGUUCUCGUGGCUGAUCAGGAGCAUGCGGUGUACGAGGAGUUCAUUGGGCGGGACGCCGACGCAUCCCGUCUCAUCGCCUACCUCGAACAUGUGCGCGAGGCGAGCAUGUCGGCGCUGGCGGCGGGCAGCUCCAACCCAUUCCGCGCACCGUAGAUAGGUACUAAUGUAAUACAGGCGAGACAAUGCAUGAUUUGAUGCUACACAUGUGACAC